AUGUCAGGUUUAUUCCUUAGAAUAUCAAUAUUAUGCCUAUCAUGGUGGGCAAUAAACUGCGAGGAAGUCGUUUCCGCGAAAACGUUAGUCCUGGUGGAUAAUUUUCUCAUUAAAGAAACACAUUCCAUAUUUUUCAAGUCGUUGAAAGAUCGAGGACACGCUAUUACUUUUAAAUCCGUGGAAGAUUCGUCGUUAUCUUUGUUCAAAUAUGGCGAUUUGUUGUACGAUAAUGUGGUUAUUUUUGCUCCAAAAGUCGAAGAAUUUGGUGGCCAGUUAUCUAAAAAAAUGUUACUAGACUUUAUCGACGAAGGCGGAAAUGUACUGAUCGCCACUGAUGAUAAACCUGGCGUUAUUUUACGCGAAAUCGCUGUAGAGUGCGGUGUGGAAAUGGACGUGCCUGGAAAAUCAGUCAUCGACCAUUUCAACUACGAUAAGUCUGAUCCGACUCACGCUUUGAUCGCCGUAGAUGGUGAAAACUUGAUCGACGCGUCGGUUAUCGUCGGACCUCGUAAUAUUUCGCCUUUAUUGUAUAAAGGUGCCGGCCUAUUAGUCAACAAUUCAAAUCCGUUAGUUUUGAAACUUCUAUCCGCUUAUGGCACCUCUAUUUCGAGCCCUCUUUACGACGAAUUGGAAAAAACACCAUUACUAUUGGGUUCGGAAAUCGCUCUUAUUGCCGGCGUGCAAACUCGUAACAAUGCCAGAGUCGUGUUUUCUGGUUCGAUUGAUUUCUUCUCAAAUAACGCUUUCUUAUCUGGCGUUAAAAAAGCUAACGGUAAAGAAUCGUCCAAAUCUUCUAAUGCUCAAGUAUCUGAACAUCUUAGUAAAUGGGUAUUCAAAGAAAACGGCGUGAUUCGUGUAAAAUCUGUGUCUCAUCAUAAACUCAAUGAAGCCGAACCUCCGAUGGAUUAUACGAUUACCGAAUCAGCAGUUUUCGAAAUGGAACUCGAACAUAAGGUCGGCAACCAAUGGAAACCGUUCAGUGCGAGGGAUUUGCAACUGGAGUUCGUACGAAUCGAUCCGUUUAUCAGAACAAUUGUACCGCUGGUCGGUGAUGGAAAAUACAAAGUAGUUUUUAAAAUACCCGACGUUUACGGAGUGUUUAAAUUUUUAGUAGACUAUAAACGUAUCGGAUACAGUUCGGUGUUCAGUAGCACACAAGUGUCUGUGCGACCGUUGAAGCAUACCGAAUAUGAAAGAUUUAUUGGAAGCGCUUAUCCUUACUACUUUAGUGCUUUUUCCAUGAUGUUUGGUGUGUUCAUUUUCUCUCUGGUCUUUUUACACGCUGAAGUAGAUAAAGAUAAAACAGAGUAAUUUAUUAGCAUUUAUUUUCAAUUUUUCUCUUGUUUCUCCUAUUUUAUAAGUUAUUUUGUUACGAGUAUUGCACUGGCUUCUCGAUGUAUAUCAUCUUUGUAAAUGAUAUUUUCUAAGAAAAUAAUUGUACAUUUAUGAGAAAUUUUUUUCUAAACAAUAUUCAUAGGUACUACUUUUUGACUUUAUUUCUCAUUUUUUUAAAACGCGUAUGUAAAAUAAAAUAAAAUUUGUUUCAAGAAAUGAUA